UGUGAACAUCACUGCAAUUGGUCCUAUUUAAUUUCGCCAUACCAUAUCUCGCCCAAUGACCAGUAGUGGUUGAGAACUCCAAAUGAUGACAGGCCCUUGCCCACCUGUAGUGGCUGACCUUGCCGUCGUGUGCAGGCCAUGGCGCGUACUAGUAGCUGCAGGAGUGCCACAGCCCACGUGCCCUAUGUCUGUAAUAUAAACUCUUGAGGUCGUCUAGAUUGCCUUUGUUAUACAUCCGAGUCCAACCAGACACCAAUUGUGUUUACUAGGUGUACCACAGAGAUCACGCAUCAACCCGAAACGUCUUAUACUCCUGGUAGUCUUCUAUGAAUUUGGCUACAGAAGGAGCUGAAGUAGGAAACACAGUAACCCCCAACGCAGGGCCCAGAAACACACCUCAUCGUGUUGAUGGAUAUGCCGACUGCGUGCAGCAACGCUGCCUCUAUCGCAAUGCAGACGGGAAGCACUGUAUGCAACUGAUCAGCUGUGGCGCUGUUCCGGCUCAUUUCGAGAGUCAUGGAGUAAAGGCCAUUUGCCGUAUGUCGGCGGUUACCUGUCGAUGGGACGGGUGCUUGGAAAAUUGUUUGCGUCAUAACUUUGUACGCCACAUCCGCGAGAAACACCUCGGACACACAAGGAAAUCAACUGUCCACAACCCCGAGAAAGGUCGCCGACAUCAUACUUCCUUGCGAAGGGAGACUGAUGGUGCAAGGUCCCAAAACGAGCCUCGGGUUGAUGAGCACGCCGGCAGCACGCCACAACUGUGCAAAUAUCGGGAUCCCGACGGUGAACCCUGUAUGCAGGAGAUCACAUAUGCCACCGUUCCGAAACACUUCGCGACCUGUCAUGGGGUUAAAGCGAUAUCCCGCGAGCAGCGAGUUACUUGCCGGUGGGUUGGUUGUGUGGAAAAACAGGUGCGGCGACACAGUUUUGUCCGUCACAUCAGGGAAAAGCACCUUGGGUACACGAGGGGAUCAGCUCUCCGAAAGUUCGGAAAAGCUCGCUGACAACACAUCUCGGCAUCGUCUUCCACGGAGAGGCUGAUACAUUCGUUGCAAUGUGAGAUGGCCAUUGAUUAUGCCAUUAGCUUGGACAUGACCGUUACGUAUAGUUGACUAACUGGACUAUUAGAUAAGAACAUCUGUCGGGGGUUAAGAAUGCACACCACAGGAGUCCUUGUGUUCGUUUCCGUCUCCGU